AUGGCGCCCUCCGCGGUCGACAUCCCCGUCAUCAUUCCAAAAUCCUUCUCCACACCAACGAGGACCAACGGAUCGACUCAUGCUGGAGAUCUGAAAGGUCCAUCCUCGCCAGUGCCCGAGGUGAAGUCCUUCGAUGGGGCAAGCUGCUCGGUUGAAGAACUGGUGGCCGCCAUCCGUGUGGCUGGCGGUGUGGUAAUUCGUGGAUUGUUGAAUGCCGACGAGAUUGCUAGUCUCGAGAAAGACACGAGACCUUGGUUGGAGCAAGAUAAUGCCUGGGGGGAAGGUGGUGGCGAGGGCGAAUUCUUCCCGAAAGAGACUCGUCGAGCUUUCGGCAUGGUGACCAAGUCCAGGACAUUUGCGGAACGUAUUGUGGGACACCCCCUCUGGAAAGGGGUCACAGAUGCUCUGUUGAGCAGUCAUUUGCAUUGGAAUUGGAUUGGCGAGAAGAACGAACCUUCUGUCUCGCGCCCGCAAUUGAAUAACACGAUCGUAUUCAGCAUAGGACCCGGCGCUCGCGACCAAGCCUUACACAGAGACGACGCGAUCCACCAUGUCUACCACCCGGCAGCCGCAACGCACGAGAUCGGCCGUGACGCAGGCAUAGGCUUUUUCGUCGCUGGCAAGAAAACCACCCGGCGGAACGGUGCCACCCGGUUCAUCCCCGGAUCGCACCUCUGGGACUAUGCGGCCGGUCCGCCUCGCGAGGAACAAACCUUUUACGCAGAGUUGGAGCCGGGUGAUGGCUUCAUGGUGCUGUCUGGAUGUUUUCAUGGAGGCAGUGCAAACAAGACCAACCAACCCGGUGAGGAUGGUGUCAUCAGAGAAGAGGAACGAUUGGUGUACAGUACGUUCAUGACGAGAGGGUAUCUGAGACAGGAGGAAAAUCAGUAUCUUGUGAAUCCCGUUGAAAAGGUCAGGGAACUGCCGGAGAAUUUGCAGGAAUUGGUGGGAUACGGAUUGAGCAAGCCCUUCUUGGGAUGGGUAGACUUGAAAGACCCCAUGUUGUGGUUGCAUCCCGAGAGGCCAAAGAAGUCGGGGGAUCUGUUCUAG